CAGAGAAUGAAGGGGGUGAACCACCAGCGAAGAAACCUCGCAGGUAUGCCACCCAACGGACUGGAUCUCACGAGCUGGUCUUUUUGCACAAGCCAGUGUGCAGGUUCGCUCACAUCAGAUUAUAUUCAAUUGGGUCUGGCUCACUGCAAAAUGUACGGCGUGGCCUGAAGGCCUAUUCUAUGCACUCAGGGCGUGUGAAAGAACCACAUCAUCCUUCUCUUGGGGUAUCACUAGUCCGGUCUGCAGAGAACAAGAGGUGGCCCUCCAUUAUGUCGUUCUUUUGGCUGCUUUGGAUGAGUUGCGCAGAGAUUCUCCCAGUCAAAUUCACCAUGCCUGGACAAGAUGGAACUUUCGUUGAGAGUACAAUGUCCAAAGACCCAGAUUUUCAAGAGAGGUAUGUUCAGAACUUCUUGGCCUGCCUUGAGAAGAACUAUGACAUGAACCCUGCCACUCACUCUCAAUCUAGAGUGAACCAUGGUGGACCUGGUACUUUCGAUGGGCCACGGCGGUACUUGGAGUGGCAAAAGCCGAUGGACCUGUUCAUUCAGUAUCAGGCUUACUGUGAGUCUGCCGGUUUAGCCACAGCCGCAUUCACCACGUUUCGAAGGGUUAUGAAGGCUGUCUUUUCUGCACACCUUCGCUUCAGAGACAAAGGGGACUUUGGGCAAUGUGAUGUCUGCCAUCGACUACGCAAGAGGAUCCGGUCCUCACCAAACAAACAACUGAAAGCAGUCAAUGUCCGACUCUACACAGCACAUUUGCUUCAACAAUGGUCUGACCGACAAUUUUACUGGAACCUGAGAUCGCUGAGCAGGAACUAUUUUGCCCAGGCACUUCACUUCAGCAAACGGUUUGCUGGAUCUGACCUUGCAUCCUCUGUAUUGACGGCCAUACAGGAUGGAAUGGAUCAAGCUAAACUACGCUUGCCAAAGUGGGGGUAUCGUCAGCUGAGCAAGGCAGCUACGAAGCUUUACCGGCCAGCAACUCACCUGAUUGGAUGCUGGCUACAUGGGUUUCGCCUGUACCUGUAUCUUUCUGACGAAGAUCUUAAGAAAGACUCUGAAACACAAAUCGAAGCCCUGGUCCUCUCCCUCCAGAACCUUUUUGACCAUUGUGGCUCACUGCCUCUCACGCUGCAUUUGCAGCAAGACAAUUGUCCCCGCGAGGGGAAAAACCGCUUCCUCGUGGUCUUUAUGCUCCUGCUGCAGGUCCUUGGCAUUUUUCGCUUUACUUGCCUCGGCUAUUUGAGGACAUGUCAUUCCCACGAUGACAUUGAUCAAGUAUUUGGGCAAGUGGCUCGACUUUUGAUGGGUAAGACUUGUCAAUCAGCUGAUGAGAUGUUGAGUCUCUUAGAGCAAUGCAUUGACCACGGGCAGCCAUCCGAGCAACAAGGUCAGGAUGCAGAAGAAGCUGAGCGCUCACCAUCAGUACUUCUGGCCUCGGAUGAUGAACCAUCCCCAGGGGACAAGCUGCAUGGCAGACUUGCUUGCCUCCAAGAACCAGUGGGGGUAGAUGCCUUUGUGACAGACUUCGUGCACAAUCCUGUCUUCAGUCAUCUGCGCACUAAGCUGGUGGACACCUUGAACAGGGUGGAUACCAUCAGCGUGGGAAGCAUGUUCAGUGGUUGGGCAGUGCUGGAAAUGGUGCUUGAUGCACUCCAGAAUGAGUGGAACGAUUCGGUCUCCCAAUCCCGUGACAGCUCUGCCUCUAUGAAGGCUUUGCGGACAGUGAAUCUUCGCUUCAUGGCGGAGAUCGACAAGAGCAAGCAGAAGUAUUCCCUCAUCAAGAAGCGGCUGGAGGACAUGGGCUACCAGGUGUCUGGAGGCCUUCAUAACACGGCCGAUUUCGGCCUGCCCCAACAGAGACGCCGCGCUUGGGUCCUUUGCCACCUAGCGUCAGAGGUGUCUUGUUCUGCAGAAGCUCUCACCUCGGAUGUCAACCGGUUUCGUCGAUGCUACGUCCAGUUGAGCAAGUGUUUGGACCUCACCGUGGAGGACAACGGUCGUCCUAGCAAGAAGACGAAGUGUUUCGAUAAGAAUCGAAGCAAAUGGCUGAAAGGCUUUCAGGAGCAAUGUGAUGUCUUUGGGAAGGUGAGACUCAACCAACGCGUCAAGAUCCUCAAGGCUUUGGCGGUCGGCUGCAGCGAGCGGGAGGUCAGCAUUCUAGCUGUGGCCAUUGAGGAUCUCUUUGUCAACAAGGGGGUCGAUGCAAUGACCCAGUUCCGCAUGGAUCAAGAAUCUGAUCACAACAUGCGCAAGUUCAUCGGCAAUUCGUUCUCCGUUCCGGUGCACCUUGGCGCUUUGGUGGCUAUUUUAGCCAACUGGGAGAUCCAGUUGAGGGAUUGGAUCACCCAGGUCUAUGGUGGGCGACAUGGAUUUCUUGAGAAGCGCAAGUGGCCUUUAGAAUCCGGGGGGUCGUUCUUGGAUGUUGUCCAACGCUGCUGGUGCGAUGAGGAGGCCUUGAUCAAUGACAGCCUGGUCCUAGUGAAAAAGCUGGGUAUCAUCGACAGUGGUAGCACCGAGGAAGACUUCAUGAACAAGUAUAUGAAACUUGAGGACUAUGAUGAACAAACCGAGCUGAUUCCAGAUAUGGCGACGGUGAUGGACAUCGCGAAGAGCAUCUGCUUGAUCGGCUGGCGAGACGAAGAGCUCGCCGCUCUGAGAUUCCAAAUCCAAGAUCAAAGUGGAGAGGGUGGAGAGCUCUUCCAGGAAGAGCUCGGUGAAGUCCUUGGCAUGCGCUUUGCUGAUGGGGAGGAUGGCCCCACGGAGGAUGAACCCCACGUGCAGAACUCUCUUCAAUUCGAUGAUGGUGGCAUGCGUGGUCUUGCCGCUGCAGUGGUUUGGGUUGGGCUGGUCUACUAUGGCCUUAGCUUCAAAGAUGAAGACCUGGUGAACCCCUCGAUGGUGGAGUUGGUGAGGGGUCUUCUGAACAUUCCCACUUGUCAGAAGGCCAUCGCCUCGGAUGAGUCUACUGCCAUGAUCCGGAGAAUCAUCAAACAAAAUGUCGAUGCCAAAAAGCAGGCAGUCUCCUCCUACGAGUGGAGCAUCAUCUUGAAGAACAUGAAUGCCAACAGCUCGAAGAAAAACAAGGCGCUGACAGUCCAAGAGGCGAUCGAGAUGUACAACAAUAAUCCAGAAGUUGAGAAAGCUGGAAGUGGCAGCCUUCUCUUGGACAGCAAGAAGCAGUAUGCGAUCAAGCAUUGGCUAGAGCUGACGUCGGAUGCAGCUCACGAGGAGGUCACCGUCUCUUUGCGAGAUGGGCCCUUCCAAUUUGGCCCAUGGGGGGAGCAGCUUUCAAUCCUGAAGUUCAUCUUCUUGGAAUCUACGGCUGGUUUGGCGCCUAUGAGUGCUUGCGAGAUUGCGCCGGCCAGCAAUGAGGCAACCAUUACCAUCAAUUGGGCACUUCAAAUGGAUGCCACAGCCCAAGGGAUCUUGUUCCAGAGAAUCCGCAGGACCUUCGAACGGGCAACUGCAAUCAUUGACCAACCCAGUGAUCGGAAGAAAUAUCGCAUGGGAGAAGAGGAGCUCAUGAACCUCAGGAACAUGAUUUGUCUUUGGUGCCAAAUUCGGCAGUUCUGCUCCACCCGUGUGGCCAACUACGCCGACCUGGACAGAGCAAUCUGCACAGGCAACACGAAGGACCACGAGCUGCAACCUGUGCUGGAUAGCAGGCCAGCUCAAUUCGGAGUCUCAAUGCUUCCAUGCGCUCAGAAACAAGCCAUGGAGGCUAUCAGGGAACAGGAAGAGGGGGCAUCCCUUGAAGUUGAAAAGGAGCGGCUUGCAGUGAGGGAUGCUCGGUGGGCUUUUUUCAAAAAUGCCCUACAACGAGAUCAGGACAAGCUCCAAAUGGCCCAAGAGGCUCCAUCGAAGCUGGAAGCAUUGAAACAUCGCAAACAGGUUGCAUGGCGUCUUGAGCAGGCCAAGACUGGUGAAAAGGUCAUCAAGUCGUACAAGGACAAAUACUUUCGAUGCGACCUAGUCACCAAACCAGAGCUGGCACAGCAGAAGAUCAAUGAGUAUCGGUCUUUCGUGGCACAGAGUGCUGGAUGCAAACCAGAUCAAGAUCUCUACUGCAUCAUCAUUGUGGACCUCAACGUUCCAGGUGCCAAGAAUACCGAAACUGUGGGCGACCUUUGUGCCUGCCUGCAAUUCGCGAAUGACCUUUCCCCGAGCCGAUCUUGCGCUCUCUUGGAGCUGCCGGAAGUUCCAAAAAAAUCGUCGAAGCGUGGCUUAGCAGACGAAGAGAGUGAAGUGCAAAAUGCACUCUGGUCUUUGCGGCAGAGCUGCGAUGUGAGAUGGAUCUGUCCAUUUAACAUCCACCCGGCUGCUGAGCCUCAUACCAAUCGGAGGCGCUUCAGCUCGGGACGACUGGUGUGCAACGUAGACAGCACCAGCGAGAACGUCUUCGUCACUGCCUCUGAGCUUGGUUUGUGCGGCAGGCCUCUCUCAACGGAUGAUGACAUCACCCUUCCAUUGUCCAAGGACAUGCUUUUGCCUGAAAGCUUGGACCCGGAGGCUGAUCUGAAACAGGCUGAACGGCAACGCCCUAGCAAUGAGGCCUGCCAAGCACAAAAAGGGACCAAGAGGUGGAUGGCCUUGCUGAGAUCACUGCUCACGGUGAAUGGGGAGAACAUGAAGCACAAACCAUGCAUCGUGCUGAACCUCACUGGAUACAUUGAAGAUGUUGGGUGCGCUGUUUUUGAAAUGCGUCUGGCCAACCAGGAGCUCAAGGGUGGCUUCACAACCGAUCAGCUCUACUACCACUCGGUGCAGUGGAUCAGCAAAGAUCUGUUUGGCCAAGCCAGGCUGACCCGAGAUAUCACUGAUGGUUGGACCCAGCGAAGGUUCGAGCACGGUGGCCACCGCUUCAGCAUGGAUGCCCCGGAGUUGAGUGAGCAGGAAAUCGCCAGCAUCCCGGGCGCUGGAGCCAGGAUGGGAAACCUGGACACCUUGCAGUUUGAGGUUCUCGAGCGUCUGGGUGAUCGAAUGUUGAUAAAGACCGACGAACACAAGUUCUGGUCUGCGCAGACCGGGGCACUCCUCACCGAGUACGAGGGCCUUCGUCAAAGACAUCUUGAUCUAGUCGGUCAAUCGAGCGUGGUAGCUGCUUCUUCGACCAGUGAGUCAGCUGCCCCACAGACUGAACAGGAGCCGACACCAGCCACAGUAGAGGUGGAAUCCAUCGCCAAGCUGCAGGAAGACCCUGGCAUUGAGCAUCGGGUUCCAAGUGAAUGCCCUCAGGUGGAGCUCAUUCUGUGCAAGGACAAGUCUGUCUGGUUGGUCAGCAGCCAGGGCAAAUCAGUUGGAAAGCACGUCGUCUUGGGCGGCUUCGGAACAGGCCAAUGGCUGGCGGAAGCUGAAUGCUCAGAGCCUGGGAUUCCUUUUGCCUUACCCCAUGGGGACAAGAGUCUGUUCCAGCUUGACGAAACGUCUUUUUCAUCAGAGGCGCAGGGAUGCACCACCAUGACCCUGUACAAGAUGCUCAUUCGUGCGGAAACGGAGAAGAACAUUACAUCGCACCGCGUCUCUUUCCUCGAGGUGAAGCGGAAGGCAGCGGUCCAAGCUGGCGAGGAUGGCUUUGAAGUGUCCAUCAAAGCACCAAUGACCUUUCGAUGCUUGAGGGAUCCGCGCUCUUUUGCUGAAGGUGCCUCAGAGCGUGUGACUUCGAAGAAUCUUUUUUCGAAGUGUGUGGGCCCAACCUUGCCUCGCAACCUGGCUUUGACAGUGUGCCGCUAUCGCUUUGAGCGAGUUGGUCAAAAUUUUAAGAUCCAGCGUCCCUACAUGAUCACUGGGCGUGCGUUGACCCUUCAGAAGGACAAACCUCUGAAGCUGACAUGAGCAUCGCUGGCUGC